AUGUCUACAAAGAUCGACUCACCCAAGCCGCCUAUCGUGCAGGCUACGAUGCCCAAGAAGAGACCAUAUCCUUUUUGGUUGGGAGGAGUGGCGGCCAGUAUCGCGGCCUCGAUCACUCAUCCUCUAGAUCUUACGAAAGUGCGAUUACAAGCGUCGGGUGAUAAGCGUAUUCGAGGACUAUUUGAUGGGAUAUCGGGAACGCUGUUCCGCCAGAUGACUUACUCCCUAUGUCGAUUUUGGGCAUAUGAUGAGAGCAAGAAGAUCGUUCAGUGGCCCGGGCCCAAUGCCAGGCUGGAAAAUGGCGCUCGCUGGAACGAUGGCGGGCGGAAUAGCAGGAGUCAGAUCCUGAUGGUCCGUAUGCAAGGCGAUUUUGCAAAACCCCCGGAGAAGAGGUUGAAUUAUAAACAUUGUUUUGAUGGAUUGUAUAAAAUGAUUAGAGAUGAAGGUCCAUCGUCUCUUGCGCGAGGAAUGGCACCAAAUGUGUUCAGAAGUAUCUUGAUGAAUGCGUCUCAGCUUGCUUCAUACGAUUUUUUCAAGAUCCAAUUACUCCAGACAGGCAAAUUUGAAGAUAACAUUAAUUUGCAUUUUACUGCGAGCUUUAUGGCCGGCACUGUAGCGACUACAGAUGUACUCAAGAGCCGAAUUAUGAAUGCGUCUGGCCCGGGAUCAAACGCAAGACUACCUCUACGUUGA